CUGAAAGCUGUUUGUUGCUGGUGGCUGAGCACAUCACACAAAGUUUGAAUGAAAACAAGGACAAAGUCAGUGCAUCACUGGUUUGACAGGAUGCCAGGUUUAGUUCAGGGCUCAGUUGAGGAACACCAUGACCAGACCAUGACUGAAGCUCUGGAGCAGUUUCUUAACUCCCCAGAGCAAAAUUACGAGCAGUUCCUGACCACCUUCACCUACCUGAUGCCAGAGAACGAGAGGGAUCCAUGUUUGACUGUCCCUGGAGGACAUGGAGACUCAUCCCACAGAGAGAUGGACAGCAGUCGAGAGGGACAGAGAGAUGGAGUGACAGAGACUGAGGAGAGUGCAUUCCAAUUGGAAGGACAGGCGAAUCGCUGCUCACCGCCUGCUGAUCAGGAAGAGGUGGUGUUGGAUGGUGGAUGUGUUGGAGGAAGACUGGGGAAUGCAGGGAGGCCCGAUCCAGGAACACCUGUGAAGUUUGAUAAUUAUAUAGGAGAUUUGGAGGAACACGGUGAAGACGAAGAGGAACCCGUUGAUGUUACAGACACAUGUGCACUCCCCGGUGAGGUUAAAGAGGCUAUGAUACCUGCGUCCUCUUCAUCUCUCUGUCACCAUACACUGCUGGAGAUAUCCUCUACUUUCACAGACCAGAAAAAACACAUUCUCAGUGUUGUUGAGAAUCAGAAUGAAAGCAAUGAGGUUGUUGCUUUCCAUCUGGAUGAGAACUUUGAUUACGACCAAGUUGUGCUGUCUCGCAAAUAUCAGAUCCAAGAGCAGAAUAGCGGAUCAUCUUGACCAUUUGAAUUGGUUGUUGCCAGAUUUUGGCAAAUGCUUUUAACAUCUAACAACUAUGGGUUUACAGAGUUAAGUCAUCAUUAAAAGUAUCAGAGACAUUUUUAUUUUGGCACUGAAGAAGACGGAAGACAAAUGGUCUGUGCAAAUCAGCCGUUUGUUGGGGACUUAAACAUCAAUGUAUGAAUCAUCAUUUUCAAGGCUCUUCAGUCUUGAUGAGUAAACAAACAUUGGCAUCACAGUCCCUACAGAGCAUUUAGCUCAUUAAAGGCGAUUAUAGAGAAAAUACUGCAGCCUCACCCACAGCCUAAUUUAAAGCCUGAAAUUCACCCAAAAAUAAAAAUGAUCAUAUAUCAAUUAUAAUUGUCAUUUACUCCCCCUCAUGCAUCCCAGAUGUGUAUGACUUUCUUCUGCUUUCAAAAUGUCAAAGAAUGUGAAAAUGAUUUAUGGUAAAAAAAAAAAAUAAAAAAAAAGGACUUCUGUUUCUCACCCACACCUAUCAAAUCACAUUUGAAGACAUAGAUUUAACCACUGGAGUCAUAUGGAUUACUUUUACGCUGCAUUUAUGUGAGUUUUGGAGCUUCAAAGGUCUGGUCACCAUUCACUUGCAUUGUAAGGACCAACAUAGCUGAGAUAUUCUUCUAAAAAUCUUUGUUUGUGUUCUACAGAAGAAAGAAAGUGUUACACAUCUGGGAUGGCAUGUAAAUAAUGAGAGGAUUUUCAUUUUUGGGUGAAAUUUCCCUUUAAAGCAAUAGUUCACCAAAAAUCAUUUAUUCAUACUCAUGUUGUCUAAGCCCCAAAAAGGACAACAACAACAAAAAAAAGCACCUUGAAAGUACUUUACCAUAAAAGUAGUCUAAUAAUUUGAGUUAAUCCAGCUAUUCUGAAGGCAUACGUUAGCUUUGUGUGAGGAACAGGCCAAAAUUAAAGUUGUUAUUCAAUGAGAAUGUUCCCCUCCGAUGUACCUGUCAAAUCUCAUGUGCACUUCUACAUAUUUAAACUUGACGUGAUCAGUUAUGACAACAUGCGGCAACCAAUGCCAUUUGGUGUCAGUGAUGUCUAGCCUGGCGCAGUGCAUCUUUGUGCUCCAUAUUUUAGCGUAGUACAGGAUAGGGAAGAUUUUUAGUGAAUAACAUUUUAAAUCUAAAACAUCCAGUCCAAUUUUAAGAAUUUCACCACAAAUAAAAUGACCAGUAGCAAGCUGGAUGUUUUUAGUCUUAAAAGCCCCCACUUAUUCCAUGUUGGCCCCAAUGUGUUCUGAGUUUAAUAUGCAUAUUCAAAACCGACCAAACUAAACAUUUCUAUUUGGUAGUACAAAUCAAAUUGUCAUUAUUGUUGUUGCUAGCAAGGUUCAAAAGCUAUCAAAGGUCAUUUUCUAACUCAACGGCUCAAAUAGAGGACCUGUCGCAUAACUCUUUUCUGAGCUUCUGACAUACUUGGAAAAGUAAUUAAUUUCUCGUCUUCUCAACCUGUGUCUUACUGUGUUUUAUUCACUGGAAUUUUUUUUUCUGCCUAAGAACCUCUUAAUAAAUGUGCAGAACAGGCUGGUCUUUGAAAAGAAUCUGUUCCUUUCUCUGGCUUGAUCGUUUAUUUUGACAUUUCAUAGAAUGUCCGAAUGUAGCUUAAAAGAGUUUUCUAGCUGUUUCCCAGCAUGUUUCCUAAUUUUCUCCAACCCUUGUUUCAUUACUAGUUUUUUUUUUCCUCUUCUGAGUUUCUUUGUACCCUGUGGCCUGGUGUCUCUAAAGCAACAAAAAUAGUAGUCUUCAACAUAUUAAUGUUAAUUUACCUGUUCUAGAAUAUCAAGAGAGAAAGUGUGCAUAUUUAAACUGCCCUUUGUCUCUACGGCUGUGAAUUUUUAAUGUCCGCUCCUGUCAUACUCUUAAAGCAAUUAGUGGACUGAGGGGUUGAAACAAGGCACAAAGAGACAAGACCUUUACAGUGCACUGCAAAGAGCUGUUUUAAAAGGUAAAAUUUCAGUGAACAUUUUAUAUAUAUAUAUAUAUAUAUAUAUAUAUAUAUAUAUAU